AUGACACAGACAGCAGUGGCAAAGCAUUUUGGGGUGUCCAGAAAAACUGUCCAAAAUGUGAUUUCGAACCGCACAUUACUUGAAGAACGUUCCGGUAGUGGAUUUAAUAGAAAACGAUGUCAAUUGAAGGUUGGACAGAAGUUUGACGAAAUCAACAAUGCCACAUAUCAAUGGUUUAUAGGAAUGCGAGAGAAGCACGGCGAUGUUCCGUUAGUGGAGGAUGUGAUAUGCUGGAAAGCGAUGGAAUUUGCUACCGCUCUGGGAAAACAAGGAUUUAAAGCUUCACGUGGUUGGUUCAACUGUUGGAAAAAUCGGUUCGGGCUGAGCUCCAAUAAGCAGACAAGUGCCAAAAGAACUAGCAACAAUUCACAAGAAGAAACUAUCGUGAGUUUCCUCAAGGAAUUUCACAAUCUGAAAACCAAGUACACCGAAGCCGAUAUUUUCAACGCUGAAGAAACCACACUCUAUUAUCACAUCCUACCCGAGGGUGUCCACACGUUCUCGUCCGGAGCAGAGGGUUCCAAAGCCAGACUGACAGUCGUUCUGUGUUGCAGUGCAUCCGGAGACAAGCUUCCCCCGUGGAUCAUCGGAAAGUCUGAAAACCCUCGCUGUUUUGACGCGGUGGAUCGAACAUCCAUUCCGUGCACCUAUCGAAGUUCCGAGCGAGCAUUAAUGACGUGUUCCCUGUGGUUGGAUUGGUUGACGGAGUUAGACGAGAGAAUGAUGCGACAGAAACGCAAUAUCUUGCUCAUCGUGGACAAUAUGGCUCUCGAACAGAUCGGGGCGCAUCUGACCAAUGUGAAAUUACUACUCGUACCGUCCAGCUGCAUGCUUGUUGCACAACCGAUGCAUCACGGCAUAAUUUGGUCAUUUAAAAAUUUGUACCGAACGAUGCUUCUGAAUUUCUUUAUCAGCGGUAUGGAAGAGAAUAUUCAGCAAUAUCUGAUGAAGAGACUCGAUAUUUUAAAGGCAAUGCAUUUUAUUCGAUGUGCUUGGUCUGAAUUGCAGUCAAGCAUUAUUGCUAAUUCUUUCGUGAAAGCAGGACUCGUCACGAGACUAUCCGUGAAUUCGUCGCAAACUUUGACUUUCGUUUCCGAGUGUUUGGGCUCGUACGAAACCAUAGAUGAUAAACUUCUUCGGAACGAGCUGAACGAAUACGGUGAGAAAUCGAACUUGAAGCUGGAGGAAGAUGAUGAGGAGCAGCGCGCUUUAUGCGACGUCAAGCGGCGCAAGCUUUCCGAGACAGAGGAUGAUCUGGAGUUCCCGGAAGAACUGACUCUCUUACCGCCAACCGCGACUGAGGUCAUGCAUGGUAUUCAAACAUUGAAAGUUUACGCAUUAAUGCGUCCGGACACACCCCCGGAACUGAUGGAGUACUUGAUACGACUGAGUUCCGUGCUGAUGAAGGAAAUUGAACGAGAAAACAAGUCCGAAUAG